GGCUCGAGUUUCCCGAGCUCUGGCGCGCAGCGGUUUCCCAGUGCAGGGCGCCCGACUGUUGAGUUUUUUGGUUCUGCAUCGCCGCUCCACAUGGCUGAUCUUCCUGGCCCAGCUAGCCAGCAGGCAGGCUCUGUGUCAUCAACGGCCCCAGCCCCUCAAGAGGAUCGUUUCGAGAGGGCGAUCCGGGUGGAGACGCUGACGAACCUGGCGCCAAACAACGCGGUGAAGGCCGAGGAUCUGUCGGUGUUCCUCGGCGGCAGGUGCCUCCUCGCGAACACAGAGCUGAAGAUCCCGGAGGUCGUCCGCACCGUCGAAGUCCCCCAGGCAGGGUCUGCGCCGAAGCUCGUUCGCCGGGGCACCUGCUACGGUUUGGUCGGGCCCAAUGGCUGUGGGAAGAGCACGCUCCUGAGGCUCAUUGCCGAGGGCCAGGUGCCGAGGCCUGCCGGCUGGGAACCUUUUCUGGUCGGGCAGCAUUUGCCGCCAGCGUUGCCUAGGACAGUCGUCGAGGAAGUCCUCUCCGCAGAUGCCCAGCGUGCCGCUCUCCUCGCGGCGCAGGCGGAGCUGAGGGUCGAGCUGGCGACGCUCGUGGGCGGCACGGCAGCCUGCGAUGCCGAGGCAUUCGUGCGCGCGAGUGACAAGCUGGACGAGGUCCAGCGUCACUUGGCGCAGCGAGAAUGCGCUGCCCAGGAGGUGGAGCGCGUCCUCGUGGCCCUGGGCUUUCGCUGCAGGUUGGCGCAGGAUGCAGAUCUGGCUCCUGUCGAUGCCGGAGGCGCAGGCGGCCCUGGCGGUGGUGGAACGUGGAGUGGUCGCCCCUCGCAGAGGCCCACGGUUUGCGCGUCGAUGCAGCACCUCUCUGGAGGCUGGCGAAUGAAAGUGGAGCUCGCGAAGGCGUUGUGGCUCAAGCCCAAGCUGCUGCUACUGGACGAGCCGACGAACCACCUGGAUUUUGAGGCGCUGCGCUGGUUCGAGGAGCAGCUUGAGGGUUACCCAAGCACCACUGUCAUCGUGUCUCACGACGUCAGCUUCCUCCACUCCGUGUGCCACGAGAUCUUCUGGAUGAAAGACUUGAAGAUCGAGUCGAUGCCUCGGGAUCUGGUCUCGCAAGAGGACCUUGCUCGCAUGCAGAGGCGCAAGGGCUUGAACUUCACCUUCGCGGUGCCGGUUGACGGCAGCCUGCAGCACCAUGGUGUCUCUGUGCACGAUGUCGAGUUCAGUCAUCCCUCUGAUUGUUGCAACUCCGUCCCUGCUGCCCCGCAGAUCAAGGUGAAUGGCGCAGUCCGCUUCAGCACGCAGAGCCGCGCAGUGAUGCUGGGUCGCAACGGCAGUGGCAAGUCGACGUUCUUGGGCCUGUGCACUGGGGCCCUGCGACCGACGAGGGGCAUGGUGGACCGCACGGCCGACUGCCAGGGAAGGGUGGCGAACGUCACGCGCUGCUCCUGUUUGCCCUUCCAGGUCGGCUAUUAUUCCCAGCUGAUGGACGAGCUGGAGCCUCACGGGGACGUCUCAGCCGUCGAUUUCUUGGUGGCCACUUGCUCCGACCAGCUGCACGAGCGCCUCGAUGUGAGAGCUGCGGCGGCGGCCAAGGCGGCCCAGCGCAGGGGGUCCAAGGCCAAGACCGUGUCUGCGGCUGUCAACAAGCGGCUCAAGGAGGUCGCUCGAGGGGUCCUCAGCAGCUUCGGCUUCGAGGGAGACCUGGCGGUUUCGGUCCCUGUCGGCAGCCUCAGCGGCGGGCAGAAGGCGCGCUUGAAGCUCGCGGCACUGUCGCUGCGCCCUUCGCACAUGCUGUUCCUUGAUGAGCCCACCAACCAUCUGGAUGCCGAGGCUUGCGAGGCCCUCGCGAAGGGCCUGUCUGAGUUCAAGGGCGGCGUCGUCGUGGUCACACACGACGACCUCCUCAUCUACCGGCUGGUCCAGUGCAAUUGGGCCGAGAGCCAGCUCGUGGUCGCCCGGCGAGGCGAGGUCUCGUGCAGGAGAGACUUCGGGGGACACUGCCUCAAGACCCUGAAGGCCGAGAUGCGCCGCUCCGAGGCCGAGG